AUGCGCAUGGCCACUGCUGUCCUUGGCUCUCUAACGACCCACUCCAUCCCUCGCCGCCACUUUGCCAGUCAAAGCGUUCGCAUGUCACCGCGCUUGCAUAGCCUGCCCCAACACGUGCGGGGCAUCGUGAAACUAAAGGACUUCGUCCACCGCGCCGAUGCCACUGCCCAAGGCGACGGGAGGAUACGCGGCGUGACGAAGUCUGGAGGCGACAGCCCUAUCGACCUCGAUAUGGACAUGCCCAAAGCCACGGGCAACAAGGGCUUAGGAUCGACCCCCGAGCAACUCCUUGGAAUGGCCUACGCCAUGUGCUACCUUGGUUCGCUGCAGCUGAUGGCCGCGAGAGCGGGCAAGGAGCUCGACGAAAACGUCAAGGUGCACACGAAGGUCUUCGUCGGGCAUCCCGAGCACUCGGCUGUCGAGGAGGGUCUUGGACUGUCUGUCGAGGUUGCCGUCGAGGGUAUUGAUGACGAUAACAUCAUUGCUACUGCAGACAACUUCUGCGCCUACAGCCGUGCACUACGUGAAGGUUGCGAGAUUUCGGUCGUGAACUUGAAAGGGUGA